ACUUUUCUGGUUUUCCUGUUCGAGUCCCGUUCCCGCUCAGAGCGGAUCCAGGCCGGCACGCGCUCAGGCAGCGCCGCGGAGCAUUGUGGGAUGCUGGCUGACGGCAGAGUCAACAUGGCUGCAGCUCUCCGGAGGAGGACCGAACCUGCAGGAAGAAGGCCGUGAAUCGAGCUCGGUUCUGGACCCGCUUGGACCGCUCCCGCGCUGCUCCCGGAACCUCCGUGCUGUUGAGGGCGCUCACCGACCGCAGAGGACCGAGGGAAGCCACCCGCAGCCGCAGAGCCACAGCCGGGGAGAAAGCCUCGUAUGAAUCCCGACGAGAAGGAGGACUGUGAGUGUGCGGCACCACAGGCCCAGACCAGCCCGGAGAGCGGAGCUGACAGAGAACACGAGGAGCCUGACGUAGAAAACCCAGAAGCAAGCCGAAUGAAGCGAGCGGCCGCCAAACAUCUAAUAGAGCGCUACUACCACCAGUUAACGGAAGGCUGUGGGAAUGAGUGCUGCUCCAACUCCUGGUGCGCCUCGUCGGCGGGAUUCACGCGCAUGGACAACAAUGCGGCGGCCGUCAAGGCGCUGGAGCUCUACAAGGUCAACGCCAAGCUCUGCGACCCACACCCUUCCAAGAAAGGCACCGCCUCCACAUACCUGGAGAGCAGCACGCACAGCAACUCCGCCUCCAGCGAGCAGCAGGCCAACCACAAGGAGGCGCACGCGCUACGGGACAACUUUAAAGAUGUGACUCACCUGACGGAGGAGAAGGUGUACGAGAUCUUGGACAUCUGCGGGGAGAAGGAAGACUACUCCCCGCUGAUCCGGGUUAUCGGCCGGGUCUUCUCCAGCGCCGAGGGGCUGGUGCAGAGCUUCCGGAGGUCCAAGCCGCACACCAAGGAGGAGCUGAAGUCCCUCCAGGGCAAGGACGAGGACAAGGACGAGGACGAGAAGGAGGCGGCGGCGUGCUCCGCCACCGCCAUGGAGGAGGACUCCCCGACCUCGUCCUCGUCGACGAGGCCGGGCGAGGGUUCCUCGGGGGACAACGACGUCCAGAAGCUGGCGCCGGACGAGGUCUCGGUGGACAUUGAAGCGGUGCGGCGCGUCUACGAGCGCCUGCUGUCCAACGAGAAGAUCGAGGCCGCCUUCCUCAAUGCACUGGUUUACCUUUCGCCCAACGUGGAGUGCGACCUGACGUACCACAACGUGUACUCGCGGGACCCGAACUAUCUGAACCUGUUUGUCAUAGUGAUGGAGAACAGCAACCUCCACAGUCCGGAGUACCUGGAGAUCGCGCUGCCGCAGUUCUGCAAGGCCAUGAGCAAGCUGCCGCUGGCCGCCCAGGCCAAGCUGGCCCGCCUCUGGUCGCACUACAGCGCCGAGCAGAUCCGCCGCAUGAUGGAGACCUUCCAGCAGCUCAUCACCUACAAGGUGAUCAGCAACGAGUUCAACAGCCGGAACCUGGUGAACGACGACGACGCCGUCGUGGCGGCCACCAAGUGCUUGAAGAUAGUCUACUAUGCAAACGUGCUGGGCGGCGACCUGGACGUGGAGCACAACGAGGAGGAGGACGAGGAGCCCAUCCCCGAGUCCAGCGAGCUCACGCUGCAGGAGCUGCUGGGCGAGGAGCGGCGCAACAAGAAGGGCCCCCGCGUGGACCCGCUGGAGACGGAGCUGGGGGUCCGCACCAACGACUGCCGGCGGCCGCUCAUCCCCUUCGAGGAGUUCGUCAACGAGCCGCUCAACGAGGUGCUGGAGAUGGACAAGGACUACACCUUCUUCAAGGUGGAGACGGAGAACAAGUUCUCCUUCAUGACCUGCCCGUUCGUCCUGAACGCUGUCACCAAGAACCUGGGCCUGUACUACGACAACCGCAUCCGCAUGUACAGCGAGCGGCGGAUCACCGUGCUCUACAGCCUGGUGCAGGGCCAGCAGCUCAACCCCUACCUGAGGCUGAAGGUGCGGCGAGACCACAUCAUCGACGACGCGCUGGUCAGGCUGGAAAUGAUCGCCAUGGAGAAUCCUGCCGACUUGAAGAAGCAGCUGUACGUGGAGUUUGAAGGGGAGCAGGGCGUCGAUGAAGGAGGCGUUUCCAAAGAGUUCUUUCAGCUGGUGGUGGAGGAGAUCUUCAACCCCGAUAUCGGCAUGUUCACGUACGACGAGUACACCAAGCUGUUCUGGUUCAACCCCUCGUCGUUCGAGAACGAGGGCCAGUACACGCUGAUCGGCAUCGUCCUGGGGCUGGCCAUCUACAACAACUGCAUCCUGGACGUGCACUUCCCCAUGGUGGUCUACAGGAAGCUGAUGGGCAAGAAGGGCACCUUCAGGGACCUGGCGGACGCCAACCCGGUCUUGAACCAGAGCCUGAAGGAGCUGCUGGAGUACGAGGGCAGCGUGGAGGACGACAUGAUGAUCACCUUCCAGAUCUCCCACACCGACCUGUUCGGAAACCCGCUCAUGUACGACCUGAGGGAAAACGGGGACAAGAUCCCCGUCACCAACGAGAACAGACGGGAGUUUGUGGCGCAGUACUCCGACUACAUCCUGAACAAGAGCGUGGAGAAGCAGUUCAAGGCCUUCAGGAGAGGCUUCCACAUGGUCACCAACGAGUCGCCGCUCAAGUACCUGUUCAGGCCGGAGGAGAUCGAGCUGCUGAUCUGUGGCAGCAGGAACCUGGACUUCCAAGCGCUGGAGGAGACGACCGAGUACGACGGCGGGUACAACCGAGACUCCCGAAUCAUCAAGGAGUUCUGGGAGACGCUGCACUCGUUCGGGGAGGAGCAGAAGCGCCUCUUUCUGCAGUUCACCACCGGCACCGACAGAGCCCCCGUGGGGGGGCUGGGCAAGCUCAAGAUGAUCAUCGCCAAGAACGGCCCCGACACCGACAGGUUACCCACGUCCCACACCUGCUUCAACGUGCUGCUGCUGCCCGAGUACAACAACAAGGACAAGCUGCGAGAGAGACUGCUGAAAGCCAUCACCUACGCCAAAGGGUUUGGCAUGCUCUGAGCCCCCACCGCUCCACACGGACACCCCCAGCCCCCUUUAUCAGACGGAAAAUGUGACAGUCGGCCGAGGGACGUUUGGUUGUAAUCGUGCGCUCCUGUAGUCCCCCCC